ACAUCGUUGCAAGCCCAGACCUGAACUUUUGCGCCUCGAUAUUCGUCUUCCACUCCCUCGACCGGUGCCACCCGCUCUCUGAAGAAGUCUGUCCUGCUCGCUCGCCCCGACAACCAUGAUUACACCCCUUUCGUCGACGAUGAGGACGGCUUCGGGUCGAGGCCUCGCCACGAGGGCCUUCAGCACGUCGCCCGUCGCCAGGCUGGCCAUGCCCGUCACCAAUGCGCCUACUUCGGCCUACGCGAAGGAGAAGGGCGCCAACGGCAAGUACCUCGUCACGCUCAUUCCCGGUGACGGUAUUGGUCCUGAGGUGUCAAACAGUGUCAAGGAGAUCUACCGAGCGGCCAACGUGCCCAUCGAGUGGGAGGAGGUCAACGUGACGCCCACGAUCAAGAACGGCAAGCAAGUCAUUCCCGAGGAGAGCGUCGUCAGCAUCAAGAAGAACACCAUUGCGCUCAAGGGUCCGCUCGCUACGCCCAUCGGAAAGGGCCACGUCUCGCUGAACCUGACGCUGCGAAGGACUUUCUCUCUCUUCGCAAACGUGCGACCUUGCCGCUCGAUUGCUGGCUACCAGACGCCCUACGACAACGUUGACACGGUUCUGAUCCGAGAAAACACCGAGGGAGAGUACAGCGGCAUUGAGCACGAGGUCGUCGAUGGUGUCGUGCAGAGCAUCAAGCUCAUCACUCUCGAGGCCAGUGAGCGUGUCGCCCGGUAUGCCUUCCACCACGCCGAGCAGAAUGGAAGGAACAAGGUCACGGCUGUCCACAAGGCCAACAUCAUGAAGAUGUCGGACGGCAUGUUCCUCCACGCCUGCCGUCAGGUGGCAAAGGAAUACCCGCACAUCGAGUACGACGAGGACCUCCUUGACCGAGCCUGCCUGCGCAUCGUCCAAGACCCUGCUCCCUACGCGGACCGCGUCAUGGUGAUGCCAAACCUGUACGGUGACAUCCUGUCCGACAUGUGCGCCGGCCUCAUUGGUGGUCUCGGUCUCACGCCUUCAGGCAACAUCGGAAAGGACGCCUCCCUCUUUGAGGCCGUCCACGGUACCGCGCCAGCCAUUGCCGGCAAGGACAUGGCCAACCCUACCGCCCUCCUCCUCUCGAGCAUCAUGAUGCUUCGCCACAUGUCGCUCUUUGAGCACGCCGACAAGAUCGAAUCGGGUGUCUUCAGCGCCAUCGCCGCUGGCGAGCGAACAGGUGACCUGGGUGGUGACUUGGGCACCAAGGCCUUCACCGAGUCCAUCAUCAAGAGAUUGGGUCAGAGCCCCAAGUAAGCUCAUAUGUAGGAAGCUUCUCAUGUGCUUUACGAUAGAUGGAAGAAAUUCAAAUUAUUACCAGCGUCACCAUCGAAUAGUGUCCGUCUUCACCAGUAGCAGAAAGC